AUGAGAGGUGAAAUCCUUGUUGUUACGGGUCCCGGCCAUGGCCAUCUCUAUCCCUGCAUGCAACUCUGCAACCGUCUUACUAAACGUAACUUCCAUAUUACCCUCGUUACCUCCUCCACUCUCUCCCCUGCUAUUCCCUCCUCUUUUACUCAAAACCCACUUACCAGUAUCGCCCCCAUCGCUCCCUCCGGCCAGCAAUCCGCCCAAGACCUCCGCUUAUACCUCACCAGCCGCUGCAAUAUAUCUGAUUCUCCCCCGCCUCUAUGCGCUAUCAUUGACUUCCAAAUGGGCUGGACAAAACAUGUCUUUUGGAAAUUUGAUAUUCCUGUCAUCGGAUUGUUUACUUUUGGCGCCUGUGCUGCCGCCAUGGAGUGGGGAGCCUGGAAGGUCCAAGCUGAAGAACUCAUGCCCGGUGAAGCCCGUUUAGUCCCGGGAUUACCCCAAGAAAUGGCGAUUACUUGCUCCGAUCUCAAAAGAAAAAUUUUUGUGCCGCCUGGUGACGGCGGACUUGGGCGGGGCCCGCCAAUGCCCGGAGACCGGCCCCCAUGGGUGCCAGAAAUAGAAGGCUCAAUCGGGUUGAUGUUUAACACGUGCGAUGAUCUCGACGGUCAGUUUAUCAAAUACAUGGAGGAUCAGAUUGGUCUGCCAGCUUGGGGUGUGGGCCCACUUCUGCCCGAGAUGUAUUGGCAGCCGUCGGAUUCGCUGAUUCACGACCAAGAAAUAAGGGAGCCCAAACGGCAAUCUAAUUUAACAGAGGGUGAAGUGAUCCAAUGGUUAGAGACGAAGCCACGAGGCUCCGUAUUGUACGUUGCUUUUGGCAGCGAGGUGGGUCCUACUAUGGAGGAAUAUCAACAAUUGGCAAAUGGAUUAGGAGAUUCGACCCGACCGUUUAUCUGCGUGAUACAACCCGGAAAAGGCUCUUGCGGGUUGGAUAAAAAGGUUGGAGAUAGAGGUUUGGUAAUAUAUGGAUGGGCACCACAGCUGCUGAUACUGAGCCACGCUUCAACGGGCGGAUUUCUAUCGCACUGUGGAUGGAAUUCCACCAUGGAGGCCAUUGGACUUGGGGUACCCAUUUUGGCUUGGCCCAUUAGAGGUGACCAAUUCUAUAAUGCCAAGCUGGUAGUUAAUUAUCUCAAGUUAGGGUAUAUGGUAAGUGAUGAUUUAUCAGAAACGGUUAAAGAGGAUGACAUAGUUAAGGGAAUUGAAAUGCUGAUGGGAGAUGAAGAGAUGCACAAUAGAGCAAUCCUUAUCAAGGCAAAAUUGAGAGAUGAUGGUUUUCCAGCAAGUUCUGAGGCAGGAUUGGAUGCCUUUAGGGGAUUUAUCUUGAACCAAAAAGCAAUUAUUUACUAGUAAUUGUCUUCUCCUUAUAAUUAAUAUAAAUGCAGAUUAUUUAUUGCAUCUAGGAUAAGACAUCAAGAAUGGCUUGUUCUCCACUUGCACAUUCUUUAUACUACUCUUCCCACUUCAGUUUGAGUGGGGAUUCAAGAUGCAAGCAUUUUCUUUUGUAUAUUUAUAAAGGAUUAUUGUUUUUGAAGUAA